AUGAAAAAUAGUAAUCAAACCAAGUUAUUGAAAUAAACCUCAUUAUCAUCAGAGGCAUCAUUAGUUAGGACUUAAAUUUCAAAUCAAUCCUAUUUAAACUCAUCUCCAGUAUUUGUUUCAAAUUAUUGAUUAGAAUUCACUAAAUCAGUUUCUUCGUUCCUCUUUCAAAGUAUAUUCAGAAAUGAAAGAAGACCUAAUAUAGAAUCAACAAUGUAAAUUAUCCUUAAGAUACGAAUAAAUUUAUUUAUUAAUGGCAACUUAGAAAUUGUUCAUGUAUCUCCAAAAAAUGUAAGAACACUAUAAAAAAUUGCAAAAACAAGAAGCAUUUUAUAUCAUUUUACGAUUAGCUGCAAUAGAUUAUAGUAAUUGUAGUAGUUUUUUCAAAUCUUCUCAAGGAUGCAAUUCACCUGGAAUUGUUUCAAAAGAUAUUGGGUAAUUCUAUAUUUUAUUAAAGAAUGGAAAGAAAAAUUCAAAAUUAACAAUUAAUUAAAAUUAUUUAGGAGCUUUAAUUGCAAAUAGCUGGUUAAGAAAUCAGCAAAGCUCUCUCUUUAUUUUAAAACAAAAUCCUAAAGGAAACAUUUCAAUAAUUAAAAUGGAUUAUUAAAGUAUCACAACAUUUGGAAAAAAUAAAAUUGAUUAUUGAAACCUCCAAUUAUAGAAAUGCUUUAAAUCAAUUAAAAUAGAAGGCAAUAUGUACAAGAAAAUUUGAGGCAGGAUUGCUAUUGCUUAAUUUGAAAAUUAAAAAAAUUAUAUUAAGCAACCAAUUUUAUUUUUUUUAUUCUUUUAAGGUUUAAUCAAUUCAGUGUUAUGCAAAAAAAACACAAAAAACAAAAAAGAAGCAAAUAGAAGUUUCUUUUAAACUAUAAGAUGAAUCUUUGAAAUUAUUGAAACUGUACUAGUUUUUUAUUAGAUACUGUUAUCGAUACCCCUUUGAUUAAUUUAGAAAGUAACAAUAUUUAAGUUUGUAAUCUGAAGUACCACUUAGAAGCAGCAACAUUUUAUAAAGAUUAUCAAAUAAUCAAAUUUCUCAAGUAAUACCGUAGUAAUAAUCCUAAAUUUUUGAGUCUAUUCACGUUGCAGAAAACUAAUCGUAAGAAUAAUAGGAAAUCUCAUAAAGUUAAGUUCAAAAACCAAAGGUGGAAAUCAAACAAAGUGGGAAAAUUGCUAGAUCCAUAAAACUAUAUUGUAUAUUAAAUGUAUAUUAUAGUGAACGAAUACGAGAAGUAAUAGUUGUAAAUCCAAUAAUCAAAAAUCAAAUUAAAACUCUACAAAAAACCCAAAGUAGCUUAAGAGAUCUAAGUGAAUAACAUAAAAAGAUAACUCAACAAUAAUAAAUAGAUUAUUUGCUUGAUUUUCUCAAUAAUAAUUUUUUGUAUUGCUUUAGUCUUUUUAUUUUAAUGA